UAACAAAAUGACCUUAACAGCCACAGACCAAAAGGACCCAACGACAGACACAAAGUAUCCACCCGAAUCAGCAAAACCCUAAACCCUCAAAGCUGUUUAGUCAUUCCCUAAUACAAAGUUUCAACCUUUUCACUGAAACUGUUUUCGCUUUCAGUAAUUUGAAACUUUGUGUAAGUUUUAAAGGCCACCUCUUUUGGGUUGCACUCCAUUUGUUUGAUGAAAUUCCUCUUCAGUCUGUCUUCAGAUUACUGAUGCUCUGAGCACUGCUAGUGCCAAUAUGGAGAAUUACAACAAAACCCAGCUUCAAAGUUUCCUCAAACAUCUUCCUCCUGUUGAGUUCUGCUGUGUUUAUGGGUCAUCACUACACCCAAAUCGUGACAAUGCCAAGUCAACAAUGGUGGAUUGCAUUCUUGGAGUAUCAGAUCCCCUACAAUGGCAUUCUGAGAAUCUGAAGUUGAACAAGGAUCACUAUGCCUCUUGGAUGGCGCUGCUCGGUGGGGCCAGACUGGUUACUAAUGUUGCAGAUUACAUAGGUGUGGGAGUGCACUUCAAUCCUUUUGUUAGUUGGAACGACAAGAUGUUCAAGUAUGGGGUUGUCAGCAUGCACGACUUGGUGCAGGACAUAUCAAAUUGGGAGAGGUUCUACUUGAGUGGUCGGUUACAAAAGCCGGUUCAAAUAAUUUCUGAUAAUUUGAAUGUUGCAAAUGUAAACUCGGUUAAUUUGAGGGCUGCAAUAGCUGCUGCUCUCCUUCUUUUGCCAUCCAAGUUCACUGAGGAGGAUCUGUAUGCCAAAAUAUGUAGCCUCUCAUAUAUGGGUGACUUGCGUAUGCUCUUUGCAGAAGACAGAAAUAAGGUGAAGAAAAUAGUACAAGGGCAAUUUGAGUUGUUUCGGUCAAUGUAUAAGCCAUUUAUUCAAGAGUAUGAGACUAAUGAGUUGUUGAGAUACUCAUUGUCUGGAAAUCCGCAACCAGUCCUUUCUCAGGAUUGUGAUUUAUCAGCAGCUCGAUCCCUUGUUUCUUCUCUGCCCCCACUGAUCAGAAGCCAAAUGGGAGUGAAGCUUGGAGAAAAAAAAAGGCUGUGCGACUCUGGUCGAGUUAUUAACGAAGUUGUGAUUGGCUCAAGACAAGAGGCUGCUCAAUGCAUGCAGACAAUUUUGAAGCGAAAGGUAAUGGUUUCAAGUGCAAGACAGGCCGUCUCUGGUCUGCUGGCUGUUGGUGGUGUUAAUGGCAUGAGAUAUCUUGGCGCUAAAAUGCGCAAGGCUUGGAAUUCGUGGAGAUGAUAAUGUACAUUUCUUUUUAAUUCUUUCUACCAGUUUUAGUGUGAGACUAGCUAGUUCAGGCAUAUAAGAGGGUGUUUCAAGCAUGAUCAAUAGGUCUCAUUCCAAAAAUAAAUUGUUAUGAGGAAGGUCAGUGUGUAAAAGACACCGAGGGAGAAGCAAAUUUUGUAUGAAACAUAUAUCACACUACAAAAGAAGCAAAGUUGUUUA